CUCUUUAUUAACCAAUCAAAGGUGAUUGAAAACAAUUUACACAACACUGAGACAGGAGAUGCUUGACCAAUGCCAACAUUCAGACUGCAGUCCGAUCUCUGGGCUCAGUAAUCAGCAUCUGAAUAAACUUACCUCAAAAGCUGGAAACCUCAAGUUGCUGGUAAGAAAAGUAACUUGAUUUGACUAUUCACAUCUGCAAUCUGAAAGAGUGGACCUGCAUUGGUGGUAGCACACACCUUUAUUCCUAGCACUCGGGAGGCAGAGGCAGGAGUACUUUUAACUCUAAGAGAAAACUAGAAGCACAAUGGGAGAUGAUAGUGAGUGGUUGAAACUACCAGUUGAUCAGAAAUGCGAACACAAGCUGUGGAAAGCAAGAUUAAGUGGGUACGAAGAGGCCCUGAAGAUCUUCCAGAAAAUAAAGGAUGAAAAGAGUCCAGAAUGGUCCAAAUACUUAGGAUUAAUCAAAAAAUUUGUCACAGAUUCCAACGCAGUAGUUCAAUUGAAAGGACUAGAAGCUGCACUUGUCUAUGUUGAAAAUGCUCAUGUUGCAGGAAAAACAACAGGUGAAGUUGUAUCGGGUGUCGUAAGUAAAGUCUUCAACCAACCUAAAGCCAAAGCCAAGGAGCUAGGCAUAGAGAUUUGCCUCAUGUACGUAGAGAUUGAGAAAGGAGAGUCUGUACAAGAAGAGCUCCUGAAAGGCCUGGAUAAUAAGAACCCCAAGAUCAUAGUGGCCUGUAUAGAAACACUGAGGAAAGCCUUAAGUGAAUUUGGUUCCAAAAUCAUCUUACUAAAACCAAUUAUUAAAGUGUUGCCAAAACUAUUUGAAUCUCGAGACAAGGCUGUUCGGGAUGAAGCCAAACUAUUUGCUAUAGAGAUUUAUCGAUGGAAUCGAGAUGCUGUGAAACACACAUUACAAAAUAUAAAUUCUGUCCAGUUGAAAGAAUUAGAAGAAGAGUGGGUCAAGCUGCCAACAGGUGCUCCUAAGCCAAGUCGGUUUCUGCGUUCCCAACAAGAACUAGAAGCUAAACUGGAACAGCAACAGUCAGCGGGUGGAGAUGCAGAAGGGGGUGGUGAUGAUGGUGAUGAGGUACCACAGAUAGAUGCUUAUGAGCUUUUGGAAGCAGUAGAGAUCCUUUCCAAACUUCCCAAAGACUUUUAUGACAAAAUUGAGGCAAAAAAAUGGCAAGAGAGGAAAGAAGCUCUGGAGGCUGUAGAAGGGCUGGUGAGAAGCCCCAGACUGGAAGCCGGCGACUACGCAGAGUUAGUCAAGGCACUGAAGAAGGUUGUUGGAAAGGACACCAAUGUCAUGUUGGUAGCUUUGGCAGCAAAAUGUCUUACUGGCUUAGCUGUUGGACUAAGGAAGAAAUUUGGACAAUAUGCAGGACAUGUUGUGCCAACAAUUUUGGAAAAAUUCAAAGAAAAGAAGCCUCAAGUAGUGCAAGCCCUUCAGGAGGCCAUUGAUGCCAUCUUCCUCACUACCACACUACAGAACAUCAGUGAGGAUGUUUUAGCAGUAAUGGAUAAUAAAAACCCCACCAUCAAGCAGCAGACAUCACUUUUUAUUGCAAGAAGCUUUCGUCACUGCACUUCCUCUACAUUGCCGAAGAGUCUACUAAAGCCCUUUUGUGCUGCUCUCCUUAAGCACAUCAAUGAUUCUGCUCCUGAAGUCAGAGAUGCUGCGUUUGAAGCACUGGGUACUGCUUUGAAAGUGGUUGGUGAGAAAACAGUAAAUCCAUUUUUAGCUGAUGUUGACAAACUGAAACUUGAUAAGAUCAAAGAGUGUUCAGAAAAAGUAGAACUGGUUCAUGGUAAAAAAUCUGGACUUGCAGCUGAAAAGAAGGAAUCUAAGCCUCUACCUGGAAGGGCUGCUGCAUCAGGGGCUGCAGGGGACAAAGACACAAAGGAUGUUUCGGGACCCAAACCAGGACCGUUAAAAAAAGCACCUGCUACUAAGGCUGGUGGACCACCUAAGAAAGGCAAAACAACUGCACCAGGUGGUUCAGCAAGUUCUGGAACAAAGAAUAAGAAAGGAUUGGAGACCAAAGAAAUAGCGGAGCCAGAACUCUCGAUUGAAGUAUGUGAAGAAAAAGCUUCAGCCGUUCUUCCUCCCACCUGUAUUCAACUUCUAGAUAGUAGCAACUGGAAGGAAAGGCUGGCCUGUAUGGAAGAGUUCCAAAAGGCUGUUGAACUAAUGGAGCGAAGUGAAAUGCCUUGCCAGGCAUUGGUGAAGAUGCUCGCAAAAAAACCUGGAUGGAAAGAAACUAAUUUUCAGGUCAUGCAGAUGAAGCUUCACAUUGUUGCCUUGAUUGCCCAGAAGGGAAAUUUUUCUAAAACUUCUGCUCAGAUUGUAUUAGAUGGCCUUGUAGACAAGAUUGGAGAUGUGAAAUGUGGGAACAAUGCAAAAGAAGCUAUGACAGCGAUAGCUGAAGCAUGCAUGUUGCCCUGGACAGCUGAACAGGUGAUGUCAAUGGCCUUCUCACAAAAGAAUCCCAAGAAUCAGUCAGAAACUCUAAACUGGCUAUCAAAUGCAAUAAAAGAAUUUGGAUUUUCUGAAUUGAAUGUCAAAGCUUUCAUUAGCAAUGUGAAGACUGCCCUUGCUGCAACAAAUCCAGCUGUGAGGACUUCUGCCAUCACCCUGCUUGGUGUGAUGUAUCUGUAUGUCGGUCCUUCUUUGAGAAUGAUUUUUGAGGAUGAGAAGCCUGCUCUCCUAUCCCAGAUAGAUGCAGAAUUUCAAAAGAUGCAGGGACAAAGCCCACCUGCUCCAACCAGAGGAAUUUCUAAGCACAGCACAAGUGGUACGGAUGAAGGAGAUGAUGGAGAUGAACCGGGUGAUGGGAGUAAUGAUGUUGUUGAUCUUUUGCCAAGAGUUGAGAUCAGUGACAAAAUUACUUCAGAGUUGGUGUCUAAGAUUGGUGACAAGAAUUGGAAGAUCAGGAAAGAAGGCCUAGAUGAAGUGGCAGGUAUUAUCAAUGAAGCAAAAUUUAUCCAACCAAAUAUAGGUGAACUUCCAACUGCCUUGAAGGGUCGACUGAAUGAUUCAAACAAAAUCUUGGUGCAGCAAACCUUGAAUAUCCUUCAGCAACUGGCAGUAGCCAUGGGUCCAAACGUCAAGCAGCAUGUAAAGAACUUAGGCAUCCCUAUCCUUACUGUUCUUGGAGAUAGCAAGAACAAUGUUCGAGCUGCUGCCCUAGCGACUGUGAAUGCUUGGGCAGAACAAACUGGCAUGAAAGAAUGGCUGGAGGGAGAAGAUCUUUCUGAAGAACUUAAAAAAGAAAAUCCUUUCUUGAGGCAAGAGCUUCUGGGAUGGCUGGCAGAGAAACUGCCUAUGCUUCGCUCCACUCCCACAGAUCUUAUCCUUUGUGUUCCUCAUCUGUAUUCCUGUCUAGAAGACCGAAAUGGAGAUGUACGGAAGAAGGCACAAGAUGCUUUGCCGUUCUUUAUGAUGCAUUUAGGAUAUGAAAAGAUGGCUAAAGCUACUGGGAAGCUAAAGCCAACUUCUAAAGAUCAAGUACUGGCCAUGCUAGAAAAGGCCAAAGCUAACAUGCCAUCCAAGCCAGCUGCACCUUCUAAGGCAGUGUCCAAACCAAUGGGAGGCUCAGCUCCAGCCAAAACCCAGCCUGUACCAGCACCUGUUGAAGAUUCUGUUUCCAACACCAUGGAAGCUAAGCCUGAUCCAAAAAAGGCUAAAGCUCCGGGAGUUUCCUCCAAAGCAAAGAGUGCACAAGGGAAGAAAGUGCCAAGCAAAACCACCUUAAAGGAAGAUGAUGAUAAAUCUGGGCCUAUUUUCAUUGUUGUUCCAAAUGGAAAGGAACAAAGGAUGCGAGAUGAGAAAGGAUUGAAGGUGCUAAAGUGGAAUUUUACUACCCCACGUGACGAAUAUAUUGAACAGCUGAAGACUCAGAUGUCUAGCUGUGUGGCUAAAUGGUUACAAGAUGAAAUGUUUCAUGCAGAUUUUCAGCAUCACAAUAAAGCCCUGGCUGUUAUGGUUGAUCACUUGGAAAGUGAAAAAGACGGUGUCAUCAGCUGCUUAGAUCUUAUCUUAAAAUGGCUUACCCUCCGGUUUUUCGACACCAAUACAAGUGUCCUAAUGAAAGCACUGGAAUAUUUAAAAUUGCUCUUCACCCUGCUGAGUGACGAAGAGUAUCAUCUCACUGAGAAUGAAGCAUCCUCCUUUAUCCCCUAUCUCAUCCUCAAGGUUGGAGAACCAAAGGAUGUCAUUCGUAAAGAUGUCCGUGCUAUCCUGAACCGGAUGUGCCUUGUCUACCCAGCCAGCAAAAUGUUCCCCUUCAUCAUGGAAGGAACUAAGUCCAAAAACUCUAAGCAGAGAGCAGAGUGCCUGGAAGAGCUAGGUUGCUUAAUUGAGUCCUAUGGUAUGAAUGUUUGUCAGCCAACCCCAGGAAAAGCCUUAAAGGAGAUAGCUAUUCACAUAGGAGACCGAGACAAUGCUGUACGGAAUGCUGCCCUCAACACCAUUGUAACAGUGUACAAUGUGCAUGGAGAUCAGGUGUUCAAACUGAUUGGAAAUCUUUCUGAGAAGGACAUGAGCAUGCUUGAGGAGAGGAUAAAGCGGUCAGCAAAGAGACCUUCUGCUGCACCUGUGAAACAGGUGGAAGAGAAACCUCAGCGCACACAGAAUAUAAACUCUAAUGCCAACAUGCUACGCAAGGGACCAGCUGAGGACAUGUCCUCCAAACUUAAAAUUAUGUAUCGCACUUAUAGGAUUCAAGCUCGAAGCAUGAGUGGGCAUCCUGAAGCAGCUCAGAUGGUUCGCCGAGAAUUCCAGCUGGAUUUAGAUGAGAUUGAAAAUGAUAAUGGUACAGUCCGAUGUGAAAUGCCAGAGCUUGUCCAGCACAAACUUGAUGACAUUUUUGAGCCUGUCCUUAUUCCUGAACCUAAGAUCCGGGCUGUUUCUCCACAUUUUGAUGACAUGCACAGUAAUACAGCAUCCACAAUCAAUUUCAUUAUCUCCCAAGUAGCCAGUGGUGACAUCAGCACAAGUAUCCAAGCUCUGACACAGAUUGAUGAGGUCCUGAGGCAGGAAGAUAAAGCUGAAGCUAUGUCUGGCCACAUUGAUCAGUUUCUGAUAGCAACCUUCAUGCAGCUAAGACUCAUCUACAGCACGCACAUGGCAGAUGAGAAGUUGGACAAGGAUGAAAUCAUCAAGUUGUAUAGCUGUAUCAUUGGCAACAUGAUUUCGCUAUUUCAGAUAGAAAGCCUGGCCCGGGAGGCCUCCACUGGAGUGCUGAAAGACCUGAUGCAUGGCCUAAUCACCUUAAUGCUGGAUUCUCGGAUUGAAGAUCUGGAGGAAGGACAACAGGUGAUUCGUUCUGUGAACCUCUUGGUGGUGAAGGUUUUGGAGAAAUCAGACCAGACCAAUAUCCUCAGUGCCCUGCUUGUUUUACUUCAGGACAGCUUGCUAGCCACAGCUAGUUCUCCCAAAUUCUCAGAGCUUGUUAUGAAGUGUCUAUGGAGAAUGGUUCGACUAUUGCCUGACACCAUCAACAGCAUUAACCUAGACCGAAUUCUUCUGGACAUCCACAUUUUCAUGAAGGUCUUUCCCAAAGAGAAAUUGAAGCAAUGCAAAAGUGAAUUUCCUAUAAGGACUCUAAAGACCCUUCUCCAUACUUUAUGCAAAUUAAAAGGACCUAAGAUCCUAGACCACCUUACAAUGAUUGAUAAUAAGAAUGAGUCAGAACUGGAGGCCCACCUGUGCCGGAUGAUGAAGCACAGUAUGGACCAGACUGGGAGCAAGUCUGAUAAGGAAACAGAAAAGGGAGCUUCCCGGAUAGAUGAAAAAUCAUCAAAGGCCAAAGUAAAUGAUUUCUUAGCUGAGAUUUUUAAGAAGAUUGGCUCUAAAGAGAACACUAAGGAGGGCCUAGCAGAGUUAUAUGAAUAUAAGAAGAAAUAUUCAGAUACUGACAUUGAACCAUUUCUGAAAAAUUCCUCACAGUUCUUUCAGAGUUAUGUUGAGAGAGGCCUUCGGGUGAUUGAGAUGGAGAGGGAAAGCAAAGGCCGCAUUCCCACUUCAGCAGGCAUUUCCCCUCAGAUGGAGGUCACAUGUGUGCCCACCCCCACAAGCACAGUGUCCUCUCUAGGUAACACAAAUGGAGAAGAAGUGGGGCCAUCUGUCUACCUGGAAAGGCUAAAAAUUCUCCGGCAGCGGUGUGGUCUUGACAACACAAAGCAAGAUGACCGGCCUCCACUGACCUCUUUGCUCUCCAAACCAGCAAUUCCUCCAGUCGCCUCUUCCACAGACAUGCUCCACAGCAAGCUCUCACAGCUCCGGGAGUCCCGGGAGCAGCACCAGCACUCAGACCUGGAUUCCAACCAGACCCACUCUGCAGGAACCAUGACCUCCUCCUCCUCCACAGCUAACAUCGAUGACUUGAAAAAGAGACUGGAGAGAAUAAAGAGCAGUCGCAAAUGAAGCUGCCCAUCCCUCAGCACUCUGCAGCGUUAGUUUACUAAUCUAGAAGUCCUAUAGUGUGAAGCGGCCACUGCAGGCCUCAUUGUACACAAACUGGUUGUAUGGAUCAGACUGCAGAUGGGGAAGAGCAGUGGCAGCUCAAAUGUGCACAUGCUCUGCUUCUGGAAGACUGACUGUGGGUUAGGUUAGUGUACAGACUUCUAAACAGCUGCUCCCUCAGCUCAGAGUAGGUUCCAUAUCUUUUUUUGUUUUGUUUUAAUGGCUCAUUUGUAAAAUUGUCCUAAUUUUUCCUAGCUUUCAGCCAUUAGAAACUCUUUUAAUAGUUCCUUUUGAGUUGUGAGCUCUUCUUCUGUAGCCCUGAAGGGACACUGUAUUCUGUAUGAAUGCAUGGCAUGAGACAACUAAUUUAAGAGUCUUUUAUAAAUAAAGUUUGCAUUAACUAUACCCAUUUCCCAA